CUUUCAAUCAGUUUUGAUUACAGAACGGCUUUGUGAUGAAAAUGGCUGAUAAAGAAGGAGGCGAAACUUUUGAUGAAGCUGUAGAGGAGAGAGUGAUCAAUGAAGAGUAUAAGAUCUGGAAGAAGAAUACCCCGUUCCUUUAUGACCUUGUGAUGACCCAUGCUCUUGAAUGGCCUAGUCUCACGGCGCAGUGGUUGCCUGAUGUCACACGACCAGAGGGAAAAGAUUACUCUGUUCACCGAUUGAUCCUCGGGACGCACACAUCUGACGAGCAGAACCAUCUUCUAAUUGGUUCCGUACAGCUACCUAACGAGGACGCACAAUUCGACUCCUCCCACUACGACAACGAGAAGGGAGAGUUCGGAGGGUUUGGUUCCGUCAGCGGUAAGAUCGAGAUUGAGAUCAAGAUCAACCAUGAGGGAGAGGUGAACCGUGCCAGGUAUAUGCCCCAGAACCCCUGCGUUAUUGCGACGAAAACCCCGUCAAGUGACGUGCUUGUUUUCGACUACACGAAGCACGCCAGCAAACCUGAUCCCAGCGGAAAGUGUCAACCCGACCUCAAGCUCCGAGGACACCAGAAGGAAGGAUAUGGAUUAUCCUGGAACCCGAACCUGAACGGACAUCUUCUCUCCGCUAGUGACGAUCAUACGAUCUGUCUCUGGGAUAUCAACGCAACGCCACAGGAGAACAAGAUAAUCAACGCCAAGACCAUCUUCACUGGACACACUGCUGUAGUUGAGGAUGUUGCCUGGCAUCUGCUUCAUGAAUCUCUAUUUGGAAGUGUAGGAGACGACCACAAGCUGAUGAUCUGGGAUACAAGGAGUGCUGUAUCCAACAAACCCAGCCAUACUGUUGACGCUCACCAGGCUGAGGUGAACUGCUUGAGUUUCAACCCCUACAGUGAGUUUAUCCUUGCUACUGGAAGUGCAGACAAGACUGUUGCACUCUGGGAUUUAAGGAACCUAAAGCUGAAACUUCACAGUUUUGAAUCACACAAAGACGAGAUCUUCCAAGUUCAGUGGUCUCCCCAUAACGAAACCAUCCUCGCUUCAAGUGGAACCGACCGGAGGCUGCAUGUUUGGGAUCUAUCCAAGAUAGGAGAGGAGCAGACUGCUGAGGAUGCAGAGGACGGUCCUCCAGAACUUCUCUUCAUCCAUGGAGGACACACAGCUAAGAUCUCAGAUUUCUCCUGGAACCCCAACGAUCCUUGGGUGAUAUGCAGCGUUAGCGAGGACAACAUUAUGCAGGUUUGGCAGAUGGCGGAGAAUAUAUACAAUGACGAGGAGCCUGAUACACCCGCUGCUGAUACAGAUUAAGCUUGCCUGCAUCUCCGAUCAUUCUACAACUUCUCUCCUGGAUUAUUUUUAUAUUUGUAAUCGUAUUCAUUAUCCCGAGAAAAUAUGAGGCCCGUAAACAAUAUUAUUUUUAUUUCUUUCGACUUGAGCAUCGGGAAAACACGCUUCUCUUACUUAUUUUGUGAAUGGUUUAUUCAGUAUUAGUGGAACCUUUAAUUAUAAUAAUUUCAGA